AUGGCAACAACUUCCGCAGCGGUUCCGGCGGCGACUGGCGCCACGGAUGUCGCCUCGCCGGCUCCUACUCCGGCCCCAGUUGAGACAACAUCAUCAUCGUCAUCAUCGGAAGCAACAGCAUCGGGAACACCUACAGAGACUUCUGCAGAGACAACGGCAGAGACAACACCAUCUGAAAGUACAACGGAAACGCCAUCUCCGACAUCAACGUCAUCGUCAUCGUCAAUUUCUUCGACCACACCGGAAACGCCAACCACUACCAGCGCCAGCAGCUCUUCUUCAAGUUCGGAGGUACCUACAACUACUUCUCCCACAACCUCCUCGCCUUCCUCAACCGAUGAUGUGGUCACGAUUACACCGACUAGCAAUGGCGCCACGACGAUCGUCAUCACUUCCACCGCAGGUGUUUUGCCCUCUCAAACGACCGGAGACUCGGCGAAUGGUGCAUCUUCUACAGGCGGAUCGUCCGCAAUAUCGACGACGGCUGCGAAUGAUAGCUCUGGACUCUCGGUUGGUGGAACCAUAGCAGUCGCCGUGGUGGUACCAGUUGUCUCUGUCGCGGUAAUCAUUCUAGCUGCUCUUUUCUUCUGGAAGAAGAGGAAGAGUAAAAAGGCCGCGGAAGAAGAACGGAGGAAAGAAGUGGAGGAGUAUGGAUUUAAUCCGAAUAACUAUCCUAGUCUCCCCCCUGUGGGCAUGGGUGGUACUUUUGAGCCGAAGGAUGACAACACUUCGGGAUACCGAGGAUGGGGAACCACUUCCGCGGGCCGCAAAGCAUCCACAAACUUGUCUAGCGGAGUUGGAGGAUUGGCUAUGUCAGAGGCCGGAAGUGCACCUGGUUAUCACCAUGCAACUACCCCCAGUGAUGGUACCAUUGGAUACUCGGACGGAAGACCAACGUCUGGGGAAACCGAGACGAUCGGAGUUUUGGGCUCUGCACCGGUGGCUGCUACCAACCGCACUACGGAUAUCCACCGUGGACCAUCCAACGCUUCCUCCGCGUAUUCUGCAGCAAACCGGUCCGAAGUUUCUGAUGAGAGCCAUAUGUCUACCACCCAUAACGGCGCGCCUUUCUAUGAGGAUAACCCGUACUACCACGAUGCGCAACCACAGUACACGGCUUACGCUGGAGACGGGCCAUACUCGAGCAACCAACCGGUAAUUCGCGACGUUCAGGCACGACGCAAUACCCGGAUUGAAAGCCCUGCCGUUUUCCCCAGACAUGGCAAUGCUGGCAUCGCCCAGAACUUUUAA